AAAAAAAAAAAAAAAACAACCGCCCCCCUCGGCCCGUUAGAUUCCAGGCUUCUAGCCAAUAGGAACAAUUCGGAGUUUCUUGCAGCAAGCUAGCAAAGCAAACGAAAGCAAACUUCUUUCUCCUGUUGAACCUGAUUCUGAUUUUUGUCUGAAGCUGUUCUCGUCGUUCUUAUAACCAUUUUCAGUUUCUGUUUAAGACAAUGGAUGAAAAUUCAAGCGACAAGGAAUCCUUGAUGGCUCGCAUUCAUCAGCUGGAGCAAGAGCGUGAUGAAUUACGCAAAGACAUUGAACAGUUGUGUAUGCAACAAGCUGGACCAAGCUACCUUGUUGUGGCUACUAAGAUGCAUUUUCAAAGGACAGCUGGCUUGGAGCAGGAGAUUGAAAACUUGAAAAAGAAGCUAGCUGCUUGCACUAGAGAUAAUGUGAAUCUUCAAGAGGAGCUUUCAGAGACUUACAGAAUCAAAGGCCAGUUGGCUGAUCUUCAUAGUGCAGAGGUGGCAAAGAAUGUGGAAGCAGAGAAGCAGCUUAAGUUUUUCCAGGGCUGUGUAGCUGCAGCUUUUGCGGAACGAGAUCAUUCAAUAAUGGAGGCUGAGAAGGCUAGGGAGAAAGAGGAGCUUAUGUCAAAGAAACUAUGCGAUAUAGAGAAGAGGUUAGAAGAGCUUGCUGCAGAUUGUUCUGAGCAGAAAAAACUUAAUGAUAAACUGCAAACUGAUUUAGCAAUGCAAGAGGAGCAUAAUGAAAGUUUCAAGAAGGUAAUUGAUAAGUUUUAUGAGAUCAGGCAGCAUUCUCCUGAGGGAUUUCAGGAUACUAGUUGGGACAGAAAAUGUGCAUGUCUUUUGCAUGAUCCUGCAGAAUGGUGGAGUUUCAAUGAUGCUUCAACAUCUAAAUAUAUUAGUGCAUUAGAGGAAGAGCUUGAGAGGAUGAGGAACUCUGUAGAUAAUCUUCGAAACAGGCUACAAGUGGGUUUGGAAAUCGAAAAUCAUUUAAAGAGGAGAGUUGGUGAAUUGGAAAAGAAAAAAAUCAUUUCAGAUAAAAUGAUAAAGAAUGGAAUUGCAGAAUUGCAUCAUUACCAUUCUCAGCAUAGAGUUCAUGUAAUAAAUCUACUUAAUGAGGGAAAGGCUAGUAUCAAAUCAAUAUGUAAUGCAAUAGAGGAAAAGAGUAGGCAAAUUGAUGUGGGCAGACUACAAAAGGUGGGGCCUCCUCCGGGAGAUGUAAAGCAAGACAAAAAUGAAUGCCAAGAUGUACAUGAAAAUGCUGAUGCUGAACCUCAGUUGUUAUCCAAGAAUAGUGGCCCUGUCUUAUCAGAAUUUGUGGCAGUUCGAGGGAACGAUUCCUCUGAAGCCCUUGCACAGGCCUUGCAAGAUAAGGUUGCAACGUUAUUGCUUUUAUCACAGCAGGAAGAAAGGCAUUUACUGGACAGAAAUGUGAGAUCUGCUCUUGAAAGAAAAAUAGAAGAGCUUCAGAGAAACUUACUACAGGUUACCAACGAAAAGGUAAAAGCUCUAAUGGAGUUUGCACAAUUGAAGCAGGAUUAUCACCAGCUUAAAGAGAGAAUUGGUCAGGAGACAAAUAGAGAAAAUUUGCUUGCUGAAAGUGGGGAUCGAAAAGCAGUUACUCAUGAAAGGGAUGGAAGGCUAAAGAGCUUGUUGAAGAAAACAUAUUUGAGCCGUUGGGUUGGCCCUCCAGACUCUAGGGGAAUUGAAGCUGAAGGUGGCCUAAAUAUCGAGGGGAACAGGAGGUCCAAUAGUAGCAUGGAGUUUGCCAGAAUGAAAAUUGAAAUUGCAACACUUAGGGAAAGCAUGGGAAGUAUGGAGCAUUUGACUACUACAGUUCACAGGCUUCGUCUAUCUCUUUCAAAGGCCAAAGAGUCGGUAACUUCUGGAAGUACAACGGUUACUACCCUAUCAGAAACUGUCAACAACAUUAUUUACGAGGCAAAACUAGUGAAGACUGCACUUGGAAGCUCCCUACCAAUCAGUUGGUCAGCAGACGCAGAUGUUGAAUUCAAUGAUCAUAGUCUCAGCAACGAGCCUGGUCAUGUUUCUGGGGAGACCAGCCACGAGAAGAUAGAUUCUGUUUUUGCUGCUGGAUUUGAGAUGGUGGAGCUCCUAAUACUUGCAGCGCAGAUAUUGAAGGAUAACAUGAGCAAAACCGGUUCCUGAGAUAGAAGCCAAGUGAUCUACAAAUACUUUGGUAAUGGAUCCUGAUGAUGGCUUGAAUGCCAAGCAAAACUGGUACCUUUGAAGAAAUUGGUGCUCAGUAAAUGGCUAUAAAGAGAGAAGGAUAACGAUGGUUCUUUACGAAGUAGAAAAUGUCUGCAGCACAAGGAGAGGUGAAAAUGAAACUCAGUCAAGGAUGGCUGAGUACCGGCUCAUGCAGUAGCUUGUCAUUGUACAUUUGUAACCGAUUGUAUUUUAAAUCUGUUGUCUGACGAGUGAUUAGGGAUUUCAACCACUUAGAACAUGCAUGGAUGUAUAUAUGCGUUGCUCAUGUACAGUAUAUUGAUAAUUUAAUUGGGUUGAGUUUGUCUAACAA